AUGUCUAACCAAUCGGAUGACUACCAUGUGGUGAACGAGGAGGCGGAUUUAAUUGCCAACUCUGAUGAUUCAAAUGCAGCUUUUGCUUCCAAGUUCAGAAGACUCAGAGCCUGCGCAAGAUGUCAUCGACUCAAAAUGCGCUGUGUCUUUGAAGAUCCUACCUACCAGAGUUGUACCAGAUGCUUCAAGGCAGGAAUUCUAUGUUCCCUGACGGAAGAUCCUACGGAGCAUACUGCCAGAGCCCGGCCUCGCAAACGUCCCAGGAUUCAUGACGGUCCAUUAGCAGUGUUGCAGCAGUCGCUGACAGAGGCCAAUAGGUACUUGACUGGGGUUCAGAAAGAACUGACCGAAAAGUCAUCAUCAGCUGAAACCGAUAUCAUUGCUGCAACUUCUCUGUCUAGUGAACUGCUUUCCUAUCUGGACUUCUCAUCGAUUCAACUUCAACUUUCUUCUCUCCAGAAGCUUCUGACCCACGUGAAAAAGCUCCAACAGCCUCCAGACACCGGAUCUUUGUCCCAGAAUAACGGAUAUGGACCGGCCUCAUCAGCGAAUUCAAUGAAAGACGGUCCCGUCAAGCCUGUGCCUAGUCUUCCCUAUAUUCCCUUUGAACUCAAUGUUAUUAAAGAACUCUUUAAACUUGGAAUUCUUUCGGAAGUCGUAGCACGCUCUAAAUAUAAGGACUUUAGAACAAAUAUGCUUUCUUACUGGCCGUGCAUUUCGCUUCCUCAAAACUAUACUUUUGAGUGGCUUAUAGAACAUGAGCCCUUAUCACUUCUUGCCUUCAUCACAGUUACUUGCCUCAACGAACCAGACUUACAUGACGCUCUUCUGUACUAUUUGGAAGGGAGUUUGGCUAGAAAGACCGCUAUAGCAGGUGACAUCACUGUGAAUUUAAUUGAAAUCUAUUUAACACUGUCUCUUUGGUGCUCUCCUCCAAGAAAAUGGGGAUCCUACAAGCACCAAAUGAGUCUCAUGAUGGCACUAAACAUUUCAUUAUGUCUAGAUUUGGGAAACGAGCAACACAGAAACAAUCCUGCUGUAUUAAAGGACUCUUCCAAAGAACGGAACAUUCUUAGAGCCUAUAUGGGUGUUUAUGCUUGCUGUGGUUCAUUGGGACUUUCUCUUCCUAGAUUUAAGGUAGUUUCAUGGACCCCUGCGCACCAGAGAUGUGCCAGUUUACUUCUUAUGGGAUAUUCCACUCCAGAGGACAGAUUUCUCUGCUAUUAUUCGAGAUUGGUCGCUUUGGGAGAAGAGAUAUUUCAGUUCUUGUGCCCUAGUACAUUCUCUCCUGUAUCAGUGGGGUCUGAUCCCUUUGAAAUGCCUCAUGAAAGCCUUAGAACCAUGAUGAUUGGCUAUGAAAGAAGAAUGCAACAACUGGCCGCAGAAUCGGGCUUCUUCUCAGAAGAGUCUAAAGAGAGAAACAUGCUUUCAAUUGUCUAUUACCAGUUAUUGAUGACCAUGUAUGAUUACGUGGUUUGCAAAGUUCUUUUACGCAAGGAUUUAGUUACAGAUGUUUAUCUUCAGACACUCACUAGACUGGUGAAAGCGAGCGAGAAGGUUAUCCAAUCAUUUCUUGGGCUCUGUCUGCAAACAGUGAACUUCCCUACAUUUUUCUACUACAGACCUAUGCAUGCAUUGGUCGCACUAAUUAGAGCACGACUAUUGGUUAAGACGCAGGCGUUAGACCUUGAAAUUGACGUUGAACAUGAAUUUCAGUUAGUUUCGAAAGCAUUGAAACAGCUCUCCCAGAAGGCCAAAGUGGCGGAAAAGAUGUCAAUUAUUCUAACGAGAAUCUCCAAAUGGAUGAAAGUCUCGAAUAAAUUCAACAAAGACGGAGCCACAAAUUCAAUGGUGGAUCUAUUGAAUGAGUUGGGCAAGGAGAAAGCCGUUGAAAAUAUAAAAAUCACGGUGAAGAGGAAAGAAGGUGACAAUGCAAACUUACGUCCUGAUUCCAAGAUCAGAUUUAAGCGGUUCAUUAACUAUUCUCCGGACGCUUUGGCAAAUAUAGUUUAUCAAGAUGGGAAUGAAACGGAGACUAGUGCUGCCAUUGCCUCUGAGAAUACCAACAAUACCAGAUCGAAUUUGGUAUCCCCUCUGAAUUCAUUUAUUCCUUCACCUAUUGGAUUUAGCAGCGCAUAUUCACCAGAAUCCAAUCAACAGGGGAAAGAGAAUAAUAUACAAUCACGCUCAGAAUCACCGCAGCUUGCAAAGCAGGAUCAUCAAUUACCCACCAUGAUAAGUGGAAUGAGAGACUACCCCCCGACAGUUGGGCCACUAUUGGAUGAUAUUGGGGGGACGCAGAUUGGGUACAAUAGUGUUGAAACAUCAAUGCAACCUUCAGACUCAGAAUUAGGAUUCCAGCAGCAGCAGAAUUUCCUCAAUGAUAUAUUUACACAGAUCGACUCCGAUGUGAUGAACUUGCAGCUUACAAAUGACCAGUUAGACUUUGAUAAUGCAAAGAUCAAUCAUCAGGGAUCAUUUAGUGCCACUGAUCAUGGAUUCUGGUGA